GUGAUGCCAAGAAAUGCCCCUUUGGAGAGAGGAAGGGAAAUGCUUUGGAUAAAAUAGGAAAAAGCACAAAUUCUGCCCCCCAAGCCCAAACUGAGAAUGGGUGAGGAGUUCAGUUCUGGUCACAGACAUUUGCACAUAGAGUUUAUUUCACCAUUUUUCCUGCUUGCCUUUGGAUAAAUAUUCAGAUAUUCAGCUUUGUCUCUUUUGGGAGUUAUUUGCCAAAGUACAGGGGGGAAAAAGCAAAGCGUUUCACCUUAUUUUGGAGAUUCAAGAUAUUUAGGAGGGAUUCAGGCAAGCAUCCUAGCUCUCCAAUCACUCAGAUCAGACCUUUGGCAUUUUAAACUUUUUUUCACCAUUUCUUGUAGCUUCAUAAAACCCCUCCUGUAUUCAUGGGAGUGUCAAGUGUUCCCUGGACCUUCCCUGCCAAAAUAUUGUUUUUUGAACUCAGCUAUCAGUGUAAGCAGAAAAAAAAAAAAACCAAAAAAAAACCACCAAAAAAUGAAAAUAAACAAAUUAUCUCACUUUUAGCCCAUUGCUUGGGAAAGAGUGUGAAUUGUUUCAAAUUGACAGAGCAGUCCUGAAUAGUCACUGAUGCUGAAUAUCCUGGUGAUCAAUAUCCCCUUCACCCAACCACAUUAUCUAACCAGAUACUCACACAGCUAAGUUCCAAAUUAAAUCCUUUCUUUUGCUACUUCAGAGCUUUCAAAUAGAAAUUAUCUUUCCUUCCCUAAUUAAAAGUGUUUCUCUCAUAGGAGGGGCACCAGAGUUUUUUCAGAGAUUGCCAAAAUGAUAUUGAGGUAUCCAGUCUGGGACUAAAACAAAUCCAUGAGUGCUGUAAAAAGCCAUAAUUUCUGCUCCUUGAAAAAGAGUUUCCUGUUCAUAUCCAGGCAACAGGAUGGUGUCUCUAUAACUGCUUAUCUUUCCUGAAUUAAAUGUCAUUUUUACAUAAGGGAACCUUCAUUAGUGAAUGUCACCCACACCUGUGAGAGGUAAUAUUUAUAAAGGUGUCCCCUCUUUGUUGCCUGACUUGUUCAUCCUAAAUGGUAUUUUCAUAGGUAAAAUGUUAAUCCUUUCUGAUUCUAAUGAGAAAAUCAGUUGCUGGAAUUGCAUUUCGCCAGUGGGCAAAAAAAAAAAAUAAUCUGUGCUCUAUUCCUGUUGUUUCAUACCAAAAGAAAUAAAUAUAAUUCAUAUAUCCCAUUUCAUUGAUAAUAACUACGAUGAUUAAUGCUAUGAAGUUGGCAUUAUUAUCCUUCUUUUUGCAUUUUUUUUAAUGAAUUGGUUGUUUAACCUGGGGAAAAGGAGGCUCAGGGAGGACCCUAUUGCUCUCUAAAAGCACCUGAAAGGUUAAAGCCAGGUGGGGCUUGGUCUUUUCUCCCAGGUGACAAGUGACAGGACAAGAGGAAACGGCCUCAGGCUGAACCUCGGGAGGCUUAGGGUGAUGUGAGGGAAAAAUUCUUCACUGAAAGGGUGAAGCAAGCACUGGAAUGGGCUGUGUAGGCCAGUGGUGGAAUUGCUGUCCAUGGAAAUCUGCAAAAAACACGUGGAUGUGGCACUUGGGGACGUGGUUUUGUGGUGAACACAGCAGCAGCCUAAAACCAUAGCAAGUGUUGCAUCCUUUGGGUGCUUCAGUCCCCAGUCCUGCCAUUAAAACUCAAAAUUAUCUGAGGCCGUGCCACUUCCUAAAUGUGUUUCCACUGCUUUGGAAGAAAUAUGAGAAAAACGCCGGUUAUGGGAUUUUUUCUUGAUCCAGAUGUGACAAUUUGUUUGAUUUUUAUCACUUGUUUCGAACUUGCAUUUUGAAAACUGUGUUUAAGGAGAUGGAAAAUGACAUGACCACUCUUUUUUUCUUUCCCCACGACACACCUGAGCAAGAGGCACCAUUGAAGACCCACCUGCUCUGAAAUUUCCUCCUUCCUCCUGAGAGAAAGCUCCAGGAACGAGCCUUUGGGGUGGACCUUGUCCCUGCACAGGACACCGGGGUCAGCUCUGGGGACAACUGCUGUGACAGAGCAACUGAGCUGCAGGGCCAUGGAGCUGGGGCUGGUGGCAGGAAGGAGGCACAGCAAGGGCUGCUCCAGCCUCACAGAAUUCCCAGAGUCACUGGGUUGGAAGAGACCUUCAAGAUCAUUGAGUCCAACCCAGCCCCAACAGCUCAACUGAGCCCUGGCCCCCAGUGCCACAUCCAGGCUUUGUUAAACACACCCAGGGAUGGGCACUGCACCACCUCCCCGGGCAGCCAUUCCAGAACUUUAUCUCCCUUUCUGGAAAAAACUCUUUCCUGAUCUGCAGCCUGUAUUCCCUUGGUGCAGUGCAGGCUGUGAGCUCUGGCUGUGUCAGUGCUGCUGCAGACAGAGCCCAGCCCCAGCUGACUACACCCACCUGGCUGGCCCUUCCUCCCUUUCCUGCCUCCUGCAUUCUGCAGGAGCACUGGCUGAAUUAGUCACACAGGGACUACUGGGUUUUCUGCUGCGGACGGGCGCUGACCGCGGGCGGAGAGCGGCGGGCGAUGCCCGGCGGUGCGGCGGGGCCCGAGGCGUGCCCGGGGAAGGUCGGGGCGAGGCGGCGGCGGGGACGAGCGGAGCCCCGGAAGCGUUAUCGGUGGUGAGCGAAGACCAGUCCCUGUUCGAGUGUGCCUACGGAUCACCCCACCUCGCCAAGACAGAGAUGACGGCCUCCUCCUCCAGUGAAUAUGGGCAGACGUCCAAGAUGAGCCCCCGUGUCCCCCAGCAGGACUGGUUGUCACAGCCCCCGGCCAGAGUCACCAUCAAGAUGGAGUGUAACCCCAACCAGGUUAACGGGUCAAGGAAUUCUCCAGAUGACUGCAGCGUGGCAAAAGGAGGGAAGAUGGUCAGCAGCUCAGACAGUGUUGGGAUGAACUAUGGAAACUACAUGGAGGAGAAGCACGUUCCACCCCCAAACAUGACGACCAACGAACGAAGAGUCAUUGUGCCAGCAGACCCCACGCUGUGGAGCACUGACCACGUGCGCCAGUGGCUGGAGUGGGCGGUGAAGGAGUACGGGCUGCCGGACGUGGACAUCCUGCUCUUCCAGAACAUCGACGGCAAGGAGCUCUGCAAAAUGACCAAGGAUGACUUCCAGAGGCUCACCCCCAGCUACAACGCAGACAUCCUCCUGUCACACCUACACUACCUCAGAGAGAGAGGUGCCACUUUUAUUUUCCCAAACACAUCAGUUUAUCCAGAAGCAACACAAAGAAUUGCAACCAGGCCAGAUUUGCCUUAUGAGCAAGCCAGGAGAUCAGCAUGGACGAGUCACAGCCACCCCAGCCCUCAGUCAAAAGCUACUCAGCCAUCAUCCUCAACAGUUCCCAAAACAGAAGACCAGCGUCCUCAGUUAGAUCCGUAUCAAAUUCUGGGACCGACCAGCAGCCGACUUGCAAAUCCAGGCAGCGGGCAGAUCCAGCUGUGGCAGUUCCUGCUGGAGCUGCUGUCGGACAGCUCCAACUCCAACUGCAUCACCUGGGAGGGCACCAACGGCGAGUUCAAGAUGACGGACCCCGACGAGGUGGCGCGGCGCUGGGGCGAGCGGAAGAGCAAGCCCAACAUGAACUACGACAAGCUCAGCCGCGCCCUGCGCUACUACUACGACAAGAACAUCAUGACCAAGGUGCACGGCAAGCGCUACGCCUACAAAUUUGACUUCCACGGCAUCGCCCAGGCCCUGCAGCCUCACCCCCCGGAGUCGUCCAUGUACAAAUACCCGUCGGACCUGCCCUACAUGAGCUCGUACCACGCGCACCCGCAGAAGAUGAACUUUGUGGCUCCCCACCCCCCCGCCCUGCCCGUGACAUCCUCCAGCUUUUUCGCUGCCCCCAAUCCGUACUGGAAUUCGCCGACUGGAGGGAUCUACCCCAACACCAGGCUGCCGGCUGCUCAUAUGCCUUCUCAUCUUGGCACCUACUACUAAGUGGGGUGGGGAGAGCAAACAGCAGGCAAAGCAAAGCUGCUUCUCACUGGGAUUCGGUCCCUGAGGAGUGGCAGUGAACUCUGUUGGAGUACUCAAAUUAAGUGCCUAAAGGGACAAGUGAAGGUUUGGCUGGGAUUAAAAAAACCCCAAAACCACGUUAAAAAUAGAUGUCAAAAAGACUUUUUUGUAGUAGGGAUUUAAAGGAAAUAUCCAAGAAGUAUUAAGAUACUAAAAUGUAAUGUAUAUGGGCAUCGACUCUGUGGACCAAACAACAAGAGACUAUUGUAGGUAGAAGCAUGAAAUGAUAAGGAAAACCUACGGAAGCUGGUGGUCUUAAAAAGUUGAUAAGCUUGUGUGUAAAGUUUGAUAUCAUGCUAGUGCAAAACUGGGACUAUACUACAGCAAUAUAAGGAUAAGUCUACAGUGACCUAACACACAGUAUAUGGAUCAUUACAAAAGAGAGGGAAAAGGGAAACAAAAAAGGAAAAUAAAAGCCUAUCUGUAUUUAAAAAAAUAUAAACAUAUCAGCAGAAGAGACUGGUUAGUGUGGAAGCUGAUUUGGAAUAGAGCAGCAGUGUUGUAGUUAAAGUCAAACGAGAUCCAUUCAUCAGAGCAAAUCAGCUACUCAAACUGUGAAGACAACCCAAACUUUCAGAUUCCUUGACAGUUUUACAGGAACCCUGAGCCAAACGUGGGAAAUGAGAACGUGCUGGAGGGCAAGUGCAUGAUUGUAGAUCAGAGGCCUGCACCUGGCAGAGGAAGCAGGAAGGAGAAAGAGGAGGAUGAAGGUGGUGAGAAGGGGAGGAAAGAAACUUCUUGACCAGUAGAGACUGAAAGGACUGAAAACUUUGUAGCGUUGGGACUAUGAAGAAACACUUGUUUGGACUUGUGGAACAUAUUGCUCAGUAUUAUACCAUUCCCAGUAUUUCAGGAGGAACAGACUUGAUUCAGUAGUAAUAAAAAGUGGGAAAAGGGAAAAAGCAGAAGGAGCGAGAAAUCAGAAUAUGCAUCUCUUUUUUUUUUUUUUUUUUUUUUUUUUUUAGGGAAAAAAACCAAAAGCAAAACUGGAAUUGUGUCUGAUAUUUAAAAGUUACCAGUCAGAACCUCAUCAUUACUAAGGGAGUUUGUUUUCUAUUGGUUAGAGCAAGAGACAACCCCUGACUGCCAGAAUCAGAAAUCACCUGAGUAUUUUUGUUAGGCGGGCGCCAGUUUUUCUUACCGAGUCGCGAACGCUGUGCGUUUGUCAGAGUGAAGUAUACAAGUUCAAUGUUAUUUUUUUUCCUUUUUAUAUAAUUAUUAUAUAACUUAUGCAUUUAUACACUACGAGUUGAUCUCGGCCAACCAAAGACACACACACACAAAAAACAAACAAAAAAAAAAAGGGACAAUCCAAAAAAAAACUAUUGUGGCCUUGAAUUUUAACUCUGUAUGCUUAAUGUUUACAUUAUGAACAUAUUAGUCCUUAGAUUGCAGAAUGUAUGUAAUAAAAUAAGCUUGGCCUAGCAUGGCAAUUUCAGAUUGA